AAAAAAAAAACAUGGAGGGUUUAGGGUUUAAAGGGAUCUUCAAAGAUUCUCCCUUUUAGCCAUUCUCGCUCUCUAUGCUUUGUAUUUCCGCCGUGUAGUAUUUUUGAAGGGUUUUCAUAUUCUCAAUGCCGAAGAAGAGGAAGCACAGCGAGACUUUGCCGAUAGUAUCGGUUAAGAAGGAUGAAGGCGCCCCCGAGAGACCCAAGCGGACGCUUACGGGUUGGAAAGACAAGGAAGUCGCCAAAGAGACUGAAUCUGGUUCCGAUCAUGCCGUUUUCCGGAAUAAAGAGAAGGUUCUUGUCACUUGCUCCCGCCGAAUCAAUUUUAGGUAUCGACAUCUGAUGUUGAACGUGGUAUCACUUUUGCCACAUUGUAAGAAGGAUAACAAGGUGGAGUCGAGGUCCAGUAAGGGUGCAACACUCAAUGAGCUAGUUGAACUCAAGGGUUGUUGUUCCUGCCUUUUUUUUGAGUGCAGAAAACAUAAAGAUCUCUAUUUAUGGAUGUCUAAGUGUCCUAGUGGGCCAUCAGUGAAGUUUUUAGUUAAUGCCGUGCACACAAUGGAAGAAUUAAAACUUACAGGGAACCAUCUGAAAGGUUCUCGUCCUCUUUUGUCAUUCUCGUCGAAUUUUGAUAAAGAUGUCCACUGGAAACUUCUGAAGGAAAUAAUUAUUCAGAUAUUUGGGACUCCGAAGGAGCAUCGACACUCUAAACCAUACCAUGAUCAUGUAUUUGUUUUCUCCAUUGUUGAUGACCACAUAUGGUUCCGAAAUUACCAGAUAUCUGUUCCACAUAAUGAAUCAGAUAAAGUUGCCCGAGGAGGACUAGAUAAAAUGACACUCAUCGAGGUUGGUCCUCGAUUCUGUUUAAAUCCAAUCAAGAUAUUUGGUGGAAGUUUUGGAGGCCCAACCCUAUACGAGAACCCGCUUUACGUGUCACCAAACCAGAUUCGAGCAUUGGAGAAAAAGCAGAAAGCCGGUAAAUACUCAAAGAAAGUCAAAGCGAAAACGAGGAGGAAGAUGCACGAGCUAUCGAAUCCAUUGGAACCUGAUGAGUUUGCUGAUAUGUGGAAGGAAUAGUCUCUCUAUGGACUUAAUUUUGUCUAGACUCCGAACCCGAGUUCCUUACCUCCAGUAUGAAAUCGGAAUUUGAUCUAUAAUCUAUAAUACUGUGUCAUCUGUAGUGCAAAUUUUGGCCUUGUUAUUUACUUGAAGCUCGAAUUCGAUUUCUGUACCUUCAAUAUUUUUUGUUCGUCUUCUCAGUGAAUUACUUUAGAUACAGUUUUACUAGAAAA